AUGGCUUUGUUAAACCCAGUUAAGAAACUUAUCAAUGUAGGCAAAUUUGGAGGUAGAGUUGCUUCAGCUGUUAGGCGAAGAUAUAUUCAAGCAAGUUCAAAGCAAGAGGCUCAAGCAUGUGAGAGAGCAAAGGAAACUGUCCAACAAGGAGUUAAUGAAGCAAAGGAGGUUAGUGGGAACAUGAAAUCUAAGACUCAUGCGACUGCUAACCAAUUAAAAAAUGAAGAGUUUGGAUACGUAGUUUUGAAGGUGAACAAGAAGGCAAAUAGCAAAGCGCAAAGUGCAUGGGACUCCGCAAAAGGGACUGCUCAAAAGGCUAAAGACAAUAUGUUUGGAAAAGGCGAUGAAUCGAAGGAAGUUAUUAAACAAAAUGCAGAAAAGAUUAAGCAAAGCAUGAACAAAAAGGACUGA